UUGCUUGGGACCAGACAGGUUUUUGUAACCAGACAGGGCUGAGAAUUUGCUACAACCUUCGGCUUUCGCCGCUGCUCGUAAACGAACAGAAAAGAAAACGUUCGCUCGAAAUCGACGAGAAGGGAGUUUUUUUGCUCAGAUCCCCGUCCCUCCUUAAAAAGAGGCUGCGUUGGUCCACGAGUCACGAACUUCGUUCGGAGGAUGGGUGGAGCUUGCUAGGUGGGAGACGACGGAUGAAUCGCCUGUGCCCACAGCUUAUGCGCUGCAUGGACCAGCUCUUGAGGCUCAUAGAGUUCAACAGCAGCAUUGAACUAGACUACCUCCAGGUUGCCCAAUGUCUUGAGAGGAUGCGCCAGCGAUGCUGCCAACUAGACUGUGACUUGCAGGGAGCAAGGGAGCAGCUGCGACAGUCAGAGUCUGAGCGUUCAGUGCUGGAAGUGAAGUUGAAACAUGCCCGCAACCAAGUGGAGGUGGAGAUGAAAAAAAGGCAUCGGGCAGAAGCUGAGCUGGAAAAGCAGGAGCGCAAGCUUCAGCUUAUCUAUGACUACCUGAUGGCUGAUCCACAGAUCACUCCUUUCAAUGAGGACCAGCGCUUAGCCCUAGCAGCUUUCGACAGGCAGUGUUGCAACCGUAGCACCCUUCUGCCUGGCAAGCGGCUGUCUGCGGUGGAAGAACUUGGCACCUCAAUCAUAUCUGACAUCAGUUUUGACCACUCGGAUGAUGAAGUGUGCUCCUCCCUCGUUCCCCUGAUUCAGCCAGUGAUAACAACCAAGUGUGCAAGGCCCUCUGUGGUGCGUACUCCUAGUGCCAGUGGGAUGCCUGCCGUGACCCUGAGAUCCGGGGCCAUGGCGGAGAGCAGAGGCCCUGUCCACAGUUUGCCACCUAUUGCAGUGGUGUCACGUCGCCGAUCCCAGCAGAGCCGUUGCAUCUCCACACACUCAGACCUCACCACAGUCUGGGGCAGCAGUGAGGAGUCAGGUGGACGAAGCAGCCAGGCUGAGAGUGACACCGCUGGCACAGAGAUUAGGGCUGAGUCAAAAGGUGGUCAAGACGCCUUUUCUCCAUCUCCUCGACAGGGAACACCUCCACUCCAACACCACCACUUUACUUCCAAGACGAUUAUCAGUCUGGAGUCGUGUGCCAUUUGCAAAUCCCGCCUGCGCUUUGGGAAGAUGGUGCUUAAAUGUCGACCCUGCCAGCUUCUAGUGCAUCCUGAGUGCAAGGAACGCUGCCCAUCUGUAUGCAGGCCAAGUGCCCACUCCAGAGUGAGAGAGGGCGUUCUGGCUGAUUUUGUACCCUCCACGCCCCCUCUGGUACCCCCCCUAGUGAUCCAAUGUGUGAAUCAACUAGAAAGUCGUGGCCUGCAUGAGGCUGGGCUAUACAGAGUGCCAGGUACAGAGCACCUUGUGCGAGAAUGGAAGCGCAAACUGCUUUGUGCCCGAGGAGCACUUCCCUCGCUGGACCAAGUGACAGACGUCAAUGUGAUCUGUGGGGUCCUCAAGGACUUCCUGAGGAGCCUGAAGGAACCAUUAGUGACUUUUGCCCUACACCCUGCCUUCCUGCAUGCUGCAGAAAUUCCUGAUGAAUCUGCCCGCCAGAUUGCGCUCUGCCAUGUUGUGAUGAAGCUGCCUCUGGCCAAUAGGGACACACUGGCUUUUCUCAUGCUGCAUCUCCAUAGGGUCAUGCAGAGCUCUGAAUGUCGAAUGGACCGGCAUAACCUGGCACGUAUCUUUGGACCGACACUAGUUGGGCACAAUAUUCCAAGCCCUUCCCCAUGCACCAUAAUGGAAGACACACCACGCCAAUGCCUGGUGGUUGCCCACCUCUUAGCAUUGCCCCUUUCAUUCUGGAGACGUUUUGUGGAAGAGGAGCAGGAAAACCUGGUGCCAUCGGUGCAGCAGCCCAACGCAGUGAAUGAGCAAGAGCAGCUCUUCUGUCCUCUCGCUCCCCCUGAAGCCAACACCAUCCAGGUGAGCCCAAGAAGUGGCUGCCUUCCUAAUAAGCUACGUGACUGCAUUGGGACCGCCUUCCCACCCUUGAAUGUUUCCCGUACUAAGAGGACUGGCAAAUUCUUCCCACUUCCAACAUAAGGAGGCAACUCUGGCUGGCUACCUCCUUAGUCCUCUUGUUCAUGAAGGCUGUGCUCCUCCUUGCUAUGAUGCACCAACCUCCCAGCAAACCUCUUCCUUGCCACCUCCAAAUCCCAGGCCUAUGCCGUCACAAUUCAUGGGGAGAUGUUAUCUGUACUUUAAGUCAAUGUUGGCUGACAUUCUGAUCUCCCUCCCUCCACGAUCUGGGAUCUGCAGAAGAGAGAAAACCUUGUCUCUCCCCUUUCAUAUUGCUGGUUGAGGACGAUGCUCUCAAAGGGUGUUUUGAUUUCUAGGGUCCCAACCAAAACUCCAUAGUGGCUUUGUCUUUGAUAAAUACACUUCAGAAGGCUUGAACAUGAAGAUCCUAAUCCAGAUCAUAACUUCAUUAUGUGACUGGCUUGCUUACUAUUUAUUUAUCACUCAAGGAAGUCCACCCAGAAGUCUUUCUCUCCCCCUUCCCUUCCCCAUCCCUGUGAGUCCUAUUGCUCUUCAUGCCUUCCUCUCUGCACUUUGAUUCAAGCCCUUGCUAGUUUUCUUCUUCUUGGAGUAGGGGGGUGGCCAAUCUGGUGCCCUCUAGUAGAUGUUUUGGACUACAGUUCCCAUCAUCCCUGACUGCUGACCAUGUUCACUAGGGCUGAGAGGAAUCAUAGCCCAAGACAUUUGAAGGGCACUGCAUUGGCUGCCUUUGCCCUGGAAACAUAUUGCUCCUUCCUUAAAUGUAAUAGCAACACCAACUGAAUACGGAAGCAAGAAGAUACCGCUAACUGUCCCACUAAGGCCUGGAAUGGGAUAUGAGAUGUAUGUUGAAAGAAAAGAAGGUGCUGUAACUGUCCCUAGUAGCCUUCUUCCUGGAAUAUCCAAGCGCCUUAUGCUAACAAAGAAAGGUAAUAAUGCUGGUUUAUUAUAAAGUGUAUAGUUUGUGUCUUAAUAUGAAAAUUUAUUUCAAUGAACAUAGCAGCAACAAGAAGUGAAAUUGCACACUUUCCUGUAGUGACACCUUCCUCACCAAGUCUACUGGAAAAAUGCUCCUAGCAAAUUGCUGUUACGGGUGCUUAAGAGUAAAUGCCUUGGUUGUUCCUUUAGGCUUAAGCAGAAAGAUUGUAAGUUGCUUGUUGUCAACUACAGGAAAAUGGUGGACUGAGUUAGGCACAUUCUAUCAUCUCCUAAUGAUGAGGGAAAGAGAUGCUGUAAUGUUCUGCAACAGGAUAUAUUUGAAAGAAGGCGGUUAACCUUCCAUCAACUUCAAAACUCCCUCUUAAAUUGCUUUUCUCUUGCUUAGGCCAGGCAGAUCUCACACCUUGUUGCUGGCUCAAGUACAAUGAAAAAUCACAACAAUAAAAAAUAAUGCAGUAGCCUGCUAAGUGUUCAGUCUUGUGUUGGAGGCAACAGUUAAGGAAAAUUCUGCCUUUUCUCCAAAGCAAUGUGGUCUAAUGGGGAAAUUCUUUCUCCCUGUUGAAGCCAAAGAGCCUGGCUUUAAAUUAGGACCAAUACACUUCUACUGUGCAGCCUCUGGCUUCUAUUCUGUCAUCCUCUUGUGAGUGUAAUGAGCCUUCUUUAUUGUCCAUUAGUCUGAAGCAGUAGCCAUCACCUUCUCCGUUCAGCCAAAAGCAUCUGCUACAGGCCUUGAAGUAAAUUGGAUUUUUGUAUGUGAUAGUAUCUCCUACAGGCAGCAGGAGCUAGGGGAGGAAACAAGCAACAGAUGCAAUGUUCAGCCAGGGCCAGCUUUCUCACCACCUCUAGCGAGGCUGCUUGUAUAAUGUAGUAGAUUUCAGGCGUUGAAAAUCUAUUUACAGUUUUGAAGUCCAGGA